AUGUGUGAAGUUUGCAAGGGGCUUUUUAACGCGUACAUGGAACAAUGCGCUCGCCGAAAUCGGCAUGUUCUCUUCGCAUUCAGAAACUUUGUUUGUUCCCAUCGCGUCGCAGAGCCCCCGAAGGACUCCGACGUGCCUGAGCCCUCCCCUGACGCUAAGCCGUCCCGUCGCAAGCGGCCCGCGAUGCAACCGGAGGACGAUGGGACGCCCGAGAGCUCUGAUCCGGUUCUUCUAGCGAGGCUCCAUCUCCGGGUUUCCGAGACCGAGCUGGCCGACAUGAGCGUGCGCGAGCUGAACGUCGAGCUCCGAGAGCGAGGCCUGAGCUGCGAGCAGGCGCGCCUGGUCAAGCACCUGCGCCGGACUCUCAAGAACCGCGGCUACGCGGCCGUGUGCCGCACGCGCCGGGUCGCCCAGCGGAGCAGCCUGGAGCGCGCCAAGGGCGAGCUGAGGAGCGCCAUCGAAGCGCUCCGGGAGCAGAACGACGAGCUGGUCGCCGAGGUGGAGCGCGUCGAGCGAGACUUCCUGGGACUCGCACGCUGGUGCGUCGAGAGGGGCGUGCCGCUGCCCGAAGACAUUCGCCGAGACGCGCUGGCAGCUGGCCACGGGGCCCGCCAUGACGCCCACUGAGACGAGCAGACAUGUACGAGUUACUAAAAAAAAAGUAAUUAUGUUGAGUUACUCGGUGUUGGUCUCAAAAGCAAUUUGAGUAGAGCAGAAAUUACUCAAAUGAAAGUAAUUGAGUAAAUUACUAACUACCGUAAAAAAGAAGCAAAUUACUUUUAAAGUUAACCU